AUGUCGGUCUUUGCGGUCUUGGCUUCCACGAGCGCCCGGAGGGCGGCUGCCUUUAUCCCAGGUCGAUCGCGGUCGGCAGCUAUCACAAAAGUAUUUGGUGGCCUUCCUCUUCAAAGAUCACACUCGUUUCACUUUUUGGAACAAAAGCAAUCGUCGCGUCUCUUCGCGACCAUCGCUGACGAAGCUGCAACUGUCGAGGAAGAAGAGCUUGUGGAACUACCCACCAACGACAACGAUGAAGAGUUAUUACGUAUCCGACAUUCAUCGGCUCAUGUUAUGGCAAUGGCGGUUCAGCGGAUUUUCCCGGAGGCCCAAGUGACAAUUGGUCCCUGGAUCGACAGCGGCUUCUACUACGACUUUUUCUUUCCCGAAAGGACCGAUGAAGAAUCGGGAGAAACUAUUCCGGCACGGAAGCUUUCCGAGCAGGAUUUGAAAGACGUUAAAAAGGCAAUGGAUAAGAUCAUCGGGAAAGACUAUCCGAUUUCUCGUGAGGAUGUUAGUCGUGAAGAAGCGAGACGGCGCAUUGAGAAAAUCGGUGAACCCUUCAAGCUAGAAAUUCUAGACAGUAUCAAGACCGAACCUAUCACGCUUUAUCACAUUGGCGACGAAUGGUGGGACCUGUGCGCUGGUCCGCACGUGGAUUCAACGGGAAAGCUUCCCAAAAAAGCUAUACAAUUGCAAAGCGUGGCGGGAGCCUACUGGCGUGGCGACGAGAAUCGCGAAAUGCUCCAACGCAUCUACGCCACGGCCUGGAAGGAUCCGCAACAGCUCAAACAAUACAAGAAAAUGCUCGAAGAAGCGAAGAAACGCGAUCAUCGUAUGCUGGGGAAGAAACUGGAUCUAUUCUCGAUCCAAGAAGACGCCGGUGGAGGCCUCGUAUUUUGGCAUCCCAAGGGGUCCAAGGUUCGCAGGAUGAUUGAAGAUUUCUGGAAAGACGCACAUAUCCAAGAUGGCUACGACGUUGUCUAUUCGCCACACAUCGCAAAUAUUGAUUUGUGGAAAACUUCUGGCCAUUUCGACUUUUACCGUGCGGACAUGUUCGAUCAAAUGGAUGUUGAGAAUGAACAGUAUCAGAUCAAGCCAAUGAACUGCCCGUUCCAUUGUCUAAUGUAUAAGGAUGAGCUUCGAUCAUAUCGUGAUCUGCCCUUUCGGUGGGCGGAGCUAGGAACGGUAUAUCGGUACGAGCGUUCUGGAACUCUGCACGGCCUCAUGCGUGUCCGUGGUUUCACUCAGGACGACGCGCAUAUUUUUUGUCUUCCGGAACAAUUGCAGGAUGAGAUUGUUGGUGUUCUCGACUUGACUGAAACGAUCUUGUCACGUUUUGGCUUUGACAAGUACGAUGUUAUGCUCUCGACUCGUCCCGAAAAGUCGGUAGGUUCGGACGAGAUUUGGGACGCAGCUACUGUUGCGUUAGAAGGAGCCCUCAAAGUCAAAGGCUGGGAUUACAAUGUUGACGAGGGAGGCGGCGCCUUUUAUGGGCCAAAAAUUGACCUCAAAAUCCGAGAUGCGAUUGGCCGGCAGUGGCAGUGCUCUACAGUCCAAUGCGAUUUCAAUUUGCCAGAACGCUUCGGACUCGAGUAUGCAAGCGCCGAUGGCACACGAGAACGCCCUAUCAUGGUGCAUCGUGCUAUUUUUGGUUCUAUCGAGCGGUUUUUUGGAAUCCUAAUAGAGAAUUGUUCAGGCGACUUCCCACUUUGGUUGGCUCCGACGCAAUUAAAGCUGUUACCAGUCACGGAUGCUGUGCAUGAGUAUUGUAAUGAGAUUGCAGCGAAGGCUCUAAAAAUGGGACUCCGUAUCGAAGUAGAUCGCGGAAGCGAACGAUUGGCUAAGCAAAUUCGCAACGCUGAACAGGCUCGUAUUCCAGUUAUGGCGGUGGUUGGUAUGAAAGAGAUGGAAUCAAAUUCUCUUGCUGUGCGUAGUCGGAAGCUGGGAGAUCUCGGGUCUUUCGAAGUGGAAGAUCUGUUGAGCGAAUUGAAACGUUGCGCUGCAGCUGCAGAGGAGAUGACUCUGGUCGGCGAAAAGGAAGGAAAGAUUGACAGCGAGUCCGUCAACUAA